GCGGAUCGAUCGACUUCUAGAAUCCACCACGGAGGAAUCUACACCGGCGACCGCAUUCACGUCUCUGCUCGUCAUCCGUCGACUGGAUCCACUCCUCGCAUCUCAGGACAACAAAUCGCUUUACGUCAUUUCCGUCCCGCCGUCAACCACUUCUUCACCUCGAGCUCCCCACCAUGACUUCCUUCAACUCAACAUCCGCCAUUAUGUCCACCAAUGUCCUUGUCACCGGCGCCACCGGCCUACUGGGCCGCCAGAUUUUCAACACCUUCAAACACUCCGGGUGUUUGGUCGUCGGACAGGGGUUUUCGAGAGCUGCCCCGCCGACGAUAUUGAAGGCCGAUCUGGAAAACGAGGACGACAUUAAGAGAUUGCUGGACGAGGCGAAACCGCAGGUUGUGAUCCAUUGCGCCGCCAACCGGUCGCCCGAUCUGUGCGAGAAAGAUCCCGAAAAGGCCCGUCGCGUCAACGUGGAAGCCACCCGGACCCUGGCCGAAGCGACCUCGGCCAGCGGCGCCCUGCUCAUCUACAUUUCCACCGACUACGUGUUCCCGGGCAAGGAAGGCGAGGCGCCCUACGAGGCCGAUGCCGAGACCAGCCCGCCCAACCUGUACGGCCAGCUGAAGCGCGACGGCGAGCUGGCCGUGCUGGAAGCCACCAAGGAGAACUCGCUGGGGAUUGUGCUGCGAGUGCCGGUGCUCUAUGGCACGGCUAAGGACAACGGCGAGAGUGCCGUCAACACGCUCGUCGACGCGGUGUGGAAGUCGCAGGAUGAUAACGCCGACGUCGCCAUGGACGACUGGGCGCUGCGGUAUCCGACCAACACGGAGGACGUGGCGCGGGUGUGUCGCGACGUGGUGAUCAAGUGUAUUAAGGAGCGGGCGCAGAAACGUACCCUGCCCACCAUCCUGCAGUUCUCGUCGGAGGACCGCAUGACCAAGUACGAGAUCUGCGAGAAGCUGGCGGAGGUGCUGGGGUUGCCGCUGGUGGGGAUGAAGCGGAACAAGCAGGGCAACGACCCGAAUGCGAGUGUGCAGCGGCCCUACGACACCCAUCUGUCGACCAAGACGCUGAAGGAUCUUGGCAUCGAUGUGGGCACGGUGGAUUUCGUGGCGUGGUGGCGCAAGAACUUGGGGGCAUACAAGAAAUGAUUGCAUCGGACUGGACGAUGGGGAAGCCCAAUAGGAGAAUGUAGGGAAUCCAAGGGAUAGGGAUUGGGAACAAAGAACAAAAGUGCUUGCGGCGCUAGAAUGAGAGACAUGGAUGCAUCACGGACCAAUAGUCAAGACGAUAUAGAGAUCGACGCGAGAAUAGCAAUGCCGGCCAAGACCGGAUUGAUUCUGC